AUGUGUGCGUGGUCAGCUUACUCGAACGGAUUCGUUUCAGGUCAACGUCGGGUCACGAGGGGGAGGAAAUAUGAGGAUGAGUAUGAGGACGAGGACGAGGACGAGGGUGAGGGUGAGGGUGAGAGUGAGGAUGAGGGCAAGGAUGAAAGGACACCAGAUUCGUAUCGCUCCGUCGACUGGAUCGUGGAUAUACGCAACGCGGUGGCCCCGGUCGGUCGGCGGACGACGGCCCGUCUCGUCUCGUCUCGUCUCGUCGCGUCGCGUCUCGCCUCCAGGCCGGCCACCGACCCGGAUGUGAUGGAUGAUGGACGGUACUGA